AGUUGUUGGUCCCCUUCGGCAGCGGAUCGCUAUACACUGACAGCGGUAGGCUGGUCACAUGGCAAGCCGGGUACCGCCCCCCGGGGGGCGGAGUUUAUGGAGAUUGCUGCAGAAGCUGUGCUGCAGUGUGAUGUGAUGCGUGCGGGCUGCAGGGUGACAAGCAUCUUCAUUGAUUCACUUUCCGGAGUGUGUCUUCCGGAUGAGUUUGUGGUGGCCCCAUCGGUGGUUGGGAGGAAGAAAACACUUCUUUUUUUUAUUUUGUUCUCUAGAGAGAGGCUGGCUUCCAUUUAACCCCUAAGAAAAUGACUGAAUUUCUCUUCUGCUUCAGUUGCUGCAUUGGAGAGCAGCCACAGCCGAGGCGAAGACGGAUUGACAGAAGCAUGAUUGGAGAGCCAAUGAAUUUUGUCCAUACGGCUCACGUAGGAUCGGGGGAAGCCAAUUCUGGGUUUUCAAUGGGUGGUUCGUUCCAGGAUCAGAUGAAAUCAAAGGGAGGCUAUGCAGCUGGAAUGUCAGAAGUGUCACUUUAGCAGCUAGAUGUCCUGACAAUGGUGUUACAACAGUUUUGCUGACUGGAGAUCUAUUUGUGCUAUAGAAAAAUAAAGAGAAGAGAAAUCUCCACUGAGAAACAAUUGCAGGGAAAUGUAUCAACGAAAAUGUGACGGGUACCUGCUCACUUGGCCCUCCUUCAUUUUAAAAUUCUAGAUCCAAUGAUUGUGCAUGGCACUUUCUGCAUGCAUAUUUUCUUCAUUGCUACCAUGUUCUUGCCAAGGUUAUUGUGGGUUUUUUUUUGUCCUUGUUUUUUUUUUUUUGCAUUGUGUAAUGUUGGACGGUAAUGUUUCUAGAGCAUUUGUAUACAUUUGCAAGUUUGUAUAUUUUCCCGCUAUGUGACUAAAGCCUUUGAUCUGGUGUAGAGAAGAUCAAAAAAGAUUUGUUGCCCAUAAAAACCAACCACUUAUUCCUUUUUUUUUUUUAUAUUAUUGUAAGCUUGGUAAUAAAAAUAAGCAUUGAAUUGA